CUCUCAAUCUUCAUUCAUUGCCUGUCCGCAUAUAGCAGUUGUACUACAUCAUCUUAGAUUGCUAUUUAUCAGGCAGACAGAUGAAGCUGCCUUCAACGUCAGCUUUCCCCAGCGCGCCCAUUGUCAAUUUCAGUAGCACUCCAGAGUGGACCACAGUUUCAACAGGCACUGGCCGUGUCGUGUGCUCUGGGGUUUUCAUCAGCAUUAUCAUCCUGAAUAGUUCUCAGGAGCCAGGAGACUCCCACUAAGACCUUUCCUUUCUCUUGUCUUCGAAGGCGAGAGCAACAAAUGACACAACGCUGGGAUUCGCGUCGACCAACCUCACCCCAACCUUCUUCCCGAUAGAAUCGAGACUGUCAUGGUCUCCUUCGCCACCGCUGCGCGCAACCCUACCGGGGCGAUCAAAUCAGUCAACCCUCCUAAAAUGCUGGCCAACCCCUCGCCAGUGCCCAUUUUGAAAAAUUCCAAGACGAACAGCGUGGCGGCAGCUGCUGGGGCUAAACACAAGUUGGCCGACAUGGAUCUUUCGCUGUCACCCUCGUCUUCGGUUGCUUCCGACGGCAGCGAUGGCACGCCCAGUCCCAGGAAGCGGGUUCGGGUUCAAUUUGACAAGGAUGUGGAAAUGCGAGAGGCGUCCUGGAGUGGUCAAGAGAAGGAAAUGGCCGUGAGUAUGGAAAAGAGCGCGGCCGUGGUUCGUGAAGAAGUGCGCAGAGCUAUCCAGCGGCAUGUCUUGGGAACGGACAGCGAAGCCUACGAUCGCAUCAAGGAGAUUUUCUCAGCAGAUCCUCGGCGUCUGGACGAAGAUGGCUUGCCUUCCGAAGAUUUACCAUCACACACUACAUUGAAGCAUCAUCUUAUGGGUCUUCUGUCGAACGUUGCGUCGCUGGACCGCAAUUGCAACGGCUUGGUCAAUGCAGUUCUGCACAGUGAAUGGCUUGGGCGGGAUGAAUCGUAUAUCAAGUUGUACAUUCGAUUUCUAGGUAACCUUGCUGCGGCUCAGGGAAGCUAUCUCGGGGCGGUCUUGAAGAUGCUGGCCAACAAUUUUGGGGAGAUCCCAAAGGGAACGGGCAAGCUGCCUGGAUACGCCCCAGUCCAAGCUGCAGAGAUCUAUAGCAGAACUCACAUGGCUCUACGGCAUGUGAUGCAGUUGAUUCCGUCUGGUAGUGGGACCUUAUCCCCAAUCUUGUCUAUGCAAUUUCCCUUCGAUACCGAUUCCGCAAAGGCCAACAUUGCGUACACGCGGAAUCUUCUAAAGGUCAUCAGUUACGCUCCCGAACUCCAAGCCGAUAUUCUAGCUCUCAUCACGGAGAAAGUCGUGAAGAUCGACGUCCAGAUUCAGGUAGAUAUGGAGGACAUCGAGGACGAAGUGGGCGAGGAUGUUCUCCACGCAGUCUCGCCUGAAGCCACGAUGUUGGAGGAUGACGUGGAUGAAGUCGACGACAAUGCAUCCGUCGCUAGUGAUGAUUCUCUAGACGUGGAGUCCCGGCGAGUCAAGACCAUCAAGGAUAACAUUCUCAAACUGGAUGGCAUGAUCGAUUCGCUGUUUGAAUACUACGCCCCGCCUUUCGCAACCGGCACUCUGGAUGACAAGGAGAAUGCGCUUGAUUUACUUCUGAGCCAUUUCCAGAGUAUCAUCCUUCCGACCUACCGCUCCCGCCACUCUCAAUUCCUCCUCUUCCACUUCUCCCAAUCGUCGCCAAUUCUGGUGGAUCGAUUUGCCGCCACCUGCGUUCAGCUCAUCUUCAACAAGAUGCAACCUGGAAUCCUACGGCAGUCCGCAGCAGCCUACCUCGCCAGCUUCGUUGCCCGCGGUGCGCACAUCUCUGGCGAGGUAGUAAGAGAUGUCUUUGACCUCCUAGGCACCCAUCUGAACAACCUCCGUCUUGACUAUGAAGCCACCUGUCGAGGCCCUGAUCUACGCCGCUACGGCCCUUUCUACUCUACGGCACAGGCGCUGCUGUAUAUCUUCUGCUUCCGCUGGCGAGACCUGACGACCGCGGCGAUGGAGGGCGACAGCCCUGAACAAAUUGAUGAACUGGAGCCAGAAGAAAUCAUCUUCCCUCCAUCGGUCAAGGAGGUCCUCCACCAAGCGAUCCAUUCCAAACUGAACCCCCUCAAGGUCUGCUCGCCGGCGAUUGUGUCCGAAUUCGCACGUAUGGCUCAGCACCUCAACUUCAUGUACGUGUUCAGUAUCCUCGAGACGAACAAAAGACUGCGCGUCUCCUCGUUCCGGAGCAUUUCCGCCAUGGCAGAUCCGCGCUUCAGCCAUGUCGAGCGAGAAACUCGUGCGGGCGACGACCUCGGUUAUCAGCUUGAUGCCUAUUUCCCCUUUGAUCCAUACCAGCUGCCUCGCAGCCGCCGUUGGCUGGAGAAUGACUACGUUCACUGGCGCGGUAUCCCUGGCAUGGACGACCAGGACGAGGGCGAUUCGGACAGUGACCUCGACGGGAGCGAAUCCGAAGGAGACCUGAGCGAUGUCACCGGGACCGACGAAGACGACUGAAUAUUUUGCAACAAAAAAAGGCUUGUUCAAUUUUUCUAUUCAUGCUCAAUACCCCACAGCGUCUUUAUCAUUUCUUGCACCUCAGCCGUCUCUAAACGAGUUUCAUCCAAAAAAGCAGAAAAAGUGAUUGUCUCUAUUUCUUUACCAUGAUGCAUGGCUGGUUAGCGUGGCGUAUGGGGUGUGAUCUCGUUUUUGUAUCUUGUUCGGAUAUCAGCCAUGUUUUGUUCCUUGAUGUUUCCUAUGAUGGCAGUUUGACUCGAUAUGGCGCUAUGAUGUGAAUGCAGUGACAACUAUCUAAAUGGAAUAAACAUU